AUGAAUUCUUAUCUUCUGAAUAGGACCCUUGGGUCCAUCAGUCCACAUACAUUCCAUGUUGCGCAAACGAGCCGUCUCGCGCACCACCUCGAACCAUCCCCCGGUAUUCGUUUCUCCAGUCGCCAGAACCCUGGACAACCGGCGGCAGCUGUAGAUGUACACCUAAGCUCCGAGGAAGAGCUCUAUGCCCACAGGGCCGGGGUGAAUGUGUUGGCAAUAGAUCAAUAUGACGGACGAUUUAUGAUCUCCGGGGGCGCAGACCCCUCAAUUCACCUGUGGGACCUAGAAACCAGAGGAUCAGAACUAGGCCAUGUCCAUAGAUCCAUCGCCUCAGUCACAAAGUUAUCGCAUGAAGACGCCCAUACGCACGCCAUCACCUCCGUAUCGAUAUACCCCUUCGACCCAGUCCCCUCGACCAUACUGACAACCUCGCGCGAUGGUACGCUCAAACUAUCAGCCUUAGAACCAAGCGCCAUUACCCCAGUCCAUACAUUUAAACUUGACUGCACACCAUAUGCCCAUUCGAUGUCAUCACACCCUGCAUCACCUCUCCUCAUCGCGGUCGGCACGUCCGAGAGACCAGUACGAUUACUCGAUCUACGCUCGGGUUUAUCUACCCACGGACUACCAGGUCAUUCCUCAUCGGUACUAUCAGUUUCAUGGGCCCCCCACAGGCCACAUAUCCUGGCUUCCGCAUCGGCAGACCACAAAGUGAUCAUAUUCGAUAUCCGUCGCGGAGGCCACAAUUCCGCCAUCGCUGCCCUAGACAUGGAUGACGCAGUAGGCCUAAUACCACCACGCAACGCACCAUCAAACUACAAAAGUCGGCCCGCAUUCUCCCCACAUGCCCGUGCACACAACGGCGCCGUGACCGGCGUACGUUGGACAUCCAACGGCUCACACGUAGUAACAGCAGGUCAAGACGCACGGAUCCGCAUAUGGGACGCAUCAACGGGCGCAAACACACUCGCACACUUCGGUCCCAGAGUCCGCAACGCCGUGACCUCCCACCUCGCCGAACGGGCACCACUAGUCCUCCCGAAAGGCGUCAUGGGGCCAGGACAAGAGACGCUAUUAUGGGCCAAUUUCAGUGAGAAUGACGACCGCGGGGAGAUCCUUAUGUUCGAGAUGCGGGAGGGCACAUUCAUCAAGCGUCUCAAGGUUCCUAGUCUCUUGGGUGGGCAGCAGCAAUUCCGGGGUCGGUCUAGCGCGCUUAGCGCUGCGAGGAUCAAUUCACUCGUUUGGCGUGGCAAUGGUGCCUCGGGCGAGGGGUUGGAGAUGUUCUCUGCGCAUGGAGACGGGACAAUCCGUUCCUGGGUAUCGAGGGAACCCGAAGGAGAGCCGGAUGAGGCAGAGGAAGCUGAGCAGGCGGAUCGGAAACGGAAACGGGAUGUUUUGGAUGAGAUCUACAGGGGGUUUAUCGGACAAGUCUAAGCUUUAUAAUCCUUGCUACAUACACAUCCAUAUGUAUAAACCAAAGAAGAGAACAUAGAUAGAACCCGAACAUAACCCAUGAACUUAUACAAAAUAUAAUUUAGUACUCUUAAAC